AUGAUUCGUCGUAGCAAACCUCCUGAACUAGAAAAGGACCACCCUAUUCACAACAAAAAGGGCACAAAGAGUAGCACUGCAUCUGUAGAAAAGAAAAACUAUAACGUCAGAAACAUGCUCAUGGCUGAUAAUCCACCCCUCAUGGGGAAACUGGUCCAGUUCAACUCAGAUCAGUUCUUUGUCUCACAAGCCAUGCACUGA